GACAGUGUGACAUAUCUUGAGUAUCCGCCGUCGUCGUCUCAGAUUCUUCUUACACGGUCUUCACUCCUCCCUGCUUGUCGUGUACCACGUUGUCCGAGUAUCCGGGUCAUCCACUUUCGCUCCACUUCACGACAAAGGGGGGUUUGGUUAAUGCUCUACUCUUAUACCUAA